CGUUUCCAUCCAGGUGCCGCCGGCGCCUCGUCUCGUCUUCGUCUUAUCUUCCUCUCCCUCCAUUCUACCUCUCCGUUCUUGGAUUUCAUCUUCAAAUCGCCUUCCCUCUUCCACUCCAACCCACACCUAUCCGGACAUCGUCCGAUAGCCGUAUUGCGCAGACACGGCAUGAAGGUCCUCGUACCCACUUUGCUCGCUGGAGCAGCCAGCGCUGCCGUCCCGCAAUGGCAGCAACCGCUCCUCCCCGGCAGCUUCCAAGACGCCCUCACGGCUCCCAUCGACAAGGCGACGUCAUGGACCAAGUCCUGGGAUUGGCUCGAGAAUGAGAUGAAGCACCUCACCGGUGAGGCUCGCGCAGUGUGGGAUGAGGUCGCUCUCAUGUUCCCCGAGAGCAUGAGCUCCGCGUCCUUCUUCAGUCUGCCGAAGCCGCAUGUCCGCAAGCCGGACAGCCACUGGGACUUCCAUACCAGCGGAAAGGCCAUCCAGGAUGUGUGGGUGAUGAACAAGGAUGGAGAGCAAGAGCGUGAGCUCGAUGGCGAUCUCAGGGCCUUCACCCUUCGCACGAAGAAGGUCGAUCCGAGGAAGCUCGGCGUGGACAAGGUGAAGCAAUACUCCGGCUACCUCGACGACAAUGAGAACGACAAGCAUCUGUUCUACUGGUUCUUCGAGUCUCGCAACGACCCCAAAAAUGAUCCCGUCCUGCUCUGGUUGAACGGUGGACCCGGCUGCUCUUCGUUGACCGGUUUGUUCAUGGAGCUUGGUCCCUCCUCCAUCACCGAGAAGGGCGAGACCAAGUUCAACCCCAGCAGCUGGAACGCCAACGCCUCCGUCAUCUUCCUUGAUCAGCCCGUCAACGUUGGAUACUCCUACUCUGGCAGCGGCGUCUCCAACACCGUCGCUGCUGGCAAGGACGUCUACGCCCUCUUGACUCUCUUCUUCAAGCAAUUCCCCGAAUACGCCAAGCAGCCCUUCCAUAUCUCUGGCGAGUCCUACGCUGGCCACUACAUUCCCGUCUUUGCCUCGGAAAUCCUGUCUCACAAGAAGCGCAACAUCAACCUGCAAUCCGUUCUCAUCGGCAACGGUCUGACUGACGGUCUCACCCAAUACGAUUACUACCGACCUAUGGCCUGCGGUGAUGGUGGCUGGCCUGCUGUUCUUGGCGCCCAAGAGUGUGCAGGCAUGGACAAUGCGCUCCCUCGCUGCAAGAGCCUGAUCGAAUCCUGCUACAACAGUGAGAGCGUAUGGUCUUGCGUGCCCGCUUCCAUCUACUGCAAUAACGCAAUCAUUGGCCCCUACCAGCGCUCUGGUCAGAACCCAUACGACGUGCGCAAGAAGUGUAAGGGAAGCAACCUCUGCUACGACGAGCUCGAUUGGAUCCAGGGCUACCUCAACAAGAAGGACGUCAUGGAGGCCUUGGGCGCGGAAGUGGACAGCUACGACAGCUGCAAUUUCGACAUCAACCGCAACUUCCUCUUCGCUGGCGACUGGAUGCAGCCAUUCCAUCGUCUUGUCCCGGGCAUCUUGAAGGAGAUUCCUGUGUUGAUCUAUGCCGGUGAUGCUGAUUUCAUCUGUAACUGGCUUGGAAACUUGGCAUGGACGACGCAGUUGGAGUGGCCUGGCCAGAAGAACUACGCCAAGGCCCCAAUGGAGGACUUGAAGUUGGCCGCCGACGAUUCCAAGAUUGGAUCCGUCAAAUCCGCCGGCAACUUCACGUUUGUGAGGAUUCAUGCCGGAGGCCACAUGGUGCCCUACGAUCAACCGGUUGCCAGCCUCGACAUGUUGAACAGAUGGUUGAGCGGCGAGUGGAUCGAGUCGUGAGCCACUCCGCAGACGGUGGACCUAGAAGACGUGAAUCGUGGUAAUUGUGUGACACGGUGAAGCACGUCCGCUCACACCAAACAUAAUCUACUUUCGUGUAGCUAGAAUUAAAUUCACGGGCCAGCGCCCUCGAAUCUUGCCAU